UCUAUGUUCAAAUCUGACAUUUAUCGAUGUAAACAUAUAGGUCUCAGCGUACGGUAGUGAAUAAUAAAUUGCAUUGUGUAAUUCGUUUCCAAAUUGAAUGAAUCUCGCAAAAUUUUCUUAUUAAUGACUAAGCCAACACCGCGUUCAAUCGCUUUCUCAUAGAAAAUUGAAUUUUAACCUAUACCAAUCGAUGGCAGCAUGACCAGCUGAUUGCAGUUUCCAUGGCGCUCAUUCAAGUAAACAAUUUCGCCAGCACCGGCGGCGGGAACGCGACACGGUCAUCGCUCUUUUUGACGAUGCUCUUCAAGAAUUUCCUUACAUAUUUAUAUUUCUACUUUCGACCCUUCAUUAAGUGGUUUCUACGUCGAUUCACGAGACUUUGCGAACUGCAGAGAAUCUGCUAUGGGAGCCCCGCGGGAGCCGCUCGAACCAGACAAGUGGAAAUGUCCCUGCAAUUAUCUCGUCGCAGGGAGAUUCGCGAAAUGAUGAAUAUUCUGGAUAAUGAAGUGGAACAUUGUUCGGAGUACGAGCUAAGGGAGCUGGUGAAAAAAAUGGUAAUGACGGUGAUGAUGGCUAAGAAAAUAAAGCCACGUAAUCACCCGGACUUUGCCCGCCUGUUUGGUGAAUGCGUGGAGCAAAUCUGGGGGUACAGGAGACUAAUAUGUAUAGUGGAAGCAAUACGUACAGACCAGUACGAUCCAGAUAAUUUGAAUAACGAAAAGAAACUAUUCCAGCUCUGGUCUCUCCUCAUGCCGGAUGAUAGGCUAGAAUCGCGAAUUACGAAACAAUGGCAAGACAUUGGUUUCCAGGGCGAUGACCCCAAGACGGAUUUCCGAGGAAUGGGCCUACUCGGACUUGAAAACUUGCUCUUCUUCUCCAGUGAGUACAACAGCGCUGCGCGGCACGUUCUCUCGCACUCGCACCACCCCAACCAUGGCUACACGUUCGCUAUUGUCGGAAUCAAUCUCACUUCCAUGGCCUACAGACUCGUCAAAGCGGGCAAGGCGAAAACCCACUUCUACAAUAUAACCCGACGUGCACCGCGAAUCGAACACUUUCACAAAUUUUAUUGUUAUUUAUUCUUCGAGUUUGAUCGUUUUUGGAUCAGCUCAAAGCCGAAAAGCAUCAUGGACUUUUCAAUUAUUCAGGAGAAGUUCGAGCGAAAUAUCCUGAGUGUGCUAGACGAAGAUAGCACCGUGUUCAAGAUGAAUAAUCUGGUUGUGGAGCAUAUCUAGUUUUGUGUAGUUUUAGGUAAUGCAAAUUUUAGGGCACUUAAGUUAAAGGACGAAAAGACGAUUUCAUUCCCUCAGAGUGUGAUGUAAUGCUUACAACUUAGAUGUAAUUAUUGCACAGAAUUCCCAAUGUGACUUGACUUUUCCUCCUGUUAUUAUUUAUUUGGCGAUGUACUCAAAAAGGCAAACUAAUGAAUAAAUAACGUGUUUUACUUGUGUA